AUGUUCCCCAACCGGUACCGAUCGCAAACUGACUUAAACUCCUUCUUGUGGACUAUCAGACGGGACCCUCCUUCUUAUUUCUACGGCACAAUCCACGUUCCCUACACUCGUGUGUGGGACUUCAUCCCUGAGAACUCCAAGCAGGCCUUCCAGGAGAGCAACAUAGUCUACUUUGAGCUCGACCUGACUGAUCCUUACACCAUCUCGGCCUUGACCAGCUGCCAGCUGCUUCCUCAGGGCGAGAACCUGCAGGACGUUCUACCCAGAGACAUCUAUCGCAGACUCAAGAGGCACCUGGAGUAUGUCAAACUCAUGAUGCCCUCAUGGAUGACGCCAGAUCAGAGAGGGAAGGGACUCUACGCGGACUACCUCUUUAACGCCAUCGCUGGAAACUGGGAGAGGAAGCGGCCUGUCUGGGUCAUGCUGAUGGUUAAUUCGCUCACUGAGGCGGACAUUAAGACUCGAGGCGUGCCAGUGCUGGACUUGUACCUGGCACAGGAGGCGGAGAGGAUGAGGAAAAGGACAGGAGCUGUGGAGAAGGUAGAGGAACAGUGUCAUCCCCUCAACGGCCUCAAUUUCUCCCAGGUGAUCUUUGCCCUCAACCAGACUUUAUUACAGCAGGAGUCUUUAAGGGCCGGUAGCCUUCAGGUCCCAUACACGACAGAAGACCUCAUCAGGCACUACAACUGCGGAGACCUCAACUCCAUCAUCUUCAACCGUGACACCUCACAGGUCCCAAACUUCAAUAAUGUAACGUUGCCGCCCAGCGAGCAGGUGACCGCCCAGGAAAUAGACAGCUACUUCAGGCAGGAACUCAUCUACAAACGGAACGAGCGGAUGGGCAAAAGGGUGAAAGCCCUGCUGGAAGAGCACACGGACAAGAUCUUCUUCUUUGCCUUUGGAGCAGGUCACUUCCUGGGUAACAAUACAGUAAUUGAUGUGCUUCGUCGUCAAGGAUACGAGGUGGAGCACACCCCGGCCGGGCAGUCCAUAAACAGGAGAUCCUCAUCCACAUCAGAUUUCACUGAGCCAGAAGAUCAACAUGACGAGUCUUCUUUCCUGGAGCCUUUUCUGCACGAACUCCCAGAACGGGAGCAGGAUCAGGGGCGGUCCCUGGAGGACGAACGGUUGACCCACAUGCUUUUGCCUUCGGACAGCCUGGAACUGCUGGAGAAAGCGGAGAAGAAGAUGCUGAAGAAAAGAAGGAGAAACAAGCAGAAGAAGCAGAGGCACAGGCAUUUCAAUGAUCUCUGGGUCCGCAUAGAAGAGAGCGCCGCGGCCCAGUCGCCGCCAACCCCCCGCGUCAUCGACGGUUACAUCACAGCGAAGCCUCCAGGUCGAGACUUGAACCACUACGACUAUUACAACUUGCCGUCCGCCUCGUCGCUGUGUUCAUGCUCACUCCUCCUGCUGUGCGCCUCCCUGGCGCUCACCCAUCACACGUGGACCACGUUGCUCUAGCGACGCGUUUGUUGCGCUCCCGCUACGGCACGAGAGAAAUCUUACGGGCUCCUUUGGUGAAGGCGCGGAGGUGAUGUCAUCAAAGCGGCGGAUCGUAGAAUUGGGAGGGCAGUUUCUGUUGUCAAAAAAUGAAACAAACAGAAAGAUGCUAAAUCAGCUUCUUUCUUUGAUUGACAGCACAAACAGGAAUACGUAUCACUUACUGAAACUUGCUAAUUUGUUCCAACUGCAACGUGUGUGUGUGUGUGUGUGUGUGUGUGUGUGUGUGUGUGUGUGUGUGUGUGUGUGUGUGUGUGUGUGAUCGAUCUGUGUGUGUGUGUGUGUGUGUGUGUGUGUGUGUGUGUGAUCGAUCAGCUCUUACGUCCCCUGGCCUCGCCGGAAGCAGUGUUUCCGGAUUUUAAAAUAUUCUUCCAUUUUAGAAGAAUCUGAAUUUGUGCUUACGAUGUUACAAACAGCCAACGUCAGGGGAAAUAUGUAUAUGUUGUCUCAUAUGAUAGAUGUAUUUUAGAAUUAUUAAUAAAAAGGAAUAUCACAUGUUGUUUAUAUGGAUAUAUAAAUAGAUAUGCAGUUGGUUUGGGUGGGGGGGGGGGGUCUGGAAUGAAACACCACAAAUCAAUUUUGUGUCUCACUGAAAAGCAAUUUUUGGGCGACUGGACGAUGAUAUUAUUGGAAUUUGUGUAUCUGCGUUAAUCACUUGAUUGGGUGUAUGUGUCCAAUUUAAGGACAUUUUUGUGAUGUAUUUGUUUAAUUUAUUUAACGACCUUAGUUUUGCUUUUAAGAUGAGUGACAGAUUCCAAGUGUUUUUCUAGUAUUUGGUCUUACUGGCACUUUUUUUUUUUUUGCCAUCGUUAUAACUUCUCGCCAGGUGAAAAGCAUGGUUCCUUAAAAUGUUUUUUUUUUUUUUUUGCGUGUGUGUUGGAAACAAAGAUGACAAGUUACCUACCUCCCCCAAAAGCAAAACGAAGGUGUGACAUAUUGUUUCGCCUUUGUUGCUGCUUUUAUUAAAAUGCUGUCAACCGAUUUCAUUACGAUAUCAUGAAUCGCUGGCAACAUAUGUAAUAACUCAUUAAAUAGAGUGCAAAUGGAAUGAAGUGUCUCGUUAACAUUCCCCACAGUCGUGCGCAGCUUCACGUCACUUUGUGGCACCGCUUGUAGCAAGAAAGAAUGAAUUACAUUGUGAUUAUUUUGUUUUGUUUACGGUAGUGUUACCUGCCAGGAAACACCUCAGCCAAAAGUUAGCCUUAAAUGUGUUCCUGCGAGAUUUGCGGGGGCAGAGCCGUGCCAUGAAUCGCGACACAUUGUGAGUAAUUGACCCCCCUCCCAAAAAAAAAAAUUUAAAAAAAAACCAAGAUUUAUAAUUGCUUAUAAAUGCAACAAAAUGCCGUCAAAAUACUACUUUUGUAUUUGACAGGGAUGUGGCCUAAGCUUAGCCCCCACUUCAACAUAGUUCCUUGGUACCAAGGUGCCACAAGACGGUACCAAAGCAAUAUAUUAAAAUUGGUGAUUUGGCCUGAGUACAAAAUAGCAAAUAGGUGAGCCCCCCCACGAAAGACUGUUUUUUGUCAGAAAGAAAAAUAAUGACAUUUUGAGAAACAUGCUUUUCACUGGUCAGAGGCAAUGUAAUGACAGUAGCCAAAAUACAUUUUGGUUACAGCAAAAGAUGCUUGUAAUAGCGUUACCAUGUCCAGAAUAAAAUAUUUAUCUAGA